AUGUUUUCAUAUUCACAUUUUUCCAUUAUAUUCCUUUCUUUUUCAUUUUCAUUUUCUUCCAGUUUUCUUUCUUUCACUUGUCUUUCUUACCAUCUUUCUUUUUCUAUCAUUUUUCCCAUUAUAUGUCUUUCUUUUUCAUUUUUACUAGUUAUCUUCUUUUCUUUUUUCUUUCUUUUUAUUUCGUUAUUCUUUCGUUCUGUUUACAUUAACAUCAUGCUUCCUUUUUUAUCAAGUUUUCGUUCGUCCCAUGCGAUUCCAACCGAAAAAGUAAACUUUCAUGGAAAUAUUUCGUUCUUCUUCUGCCCCCGCCAAAACGAUUGUCGAUUGAUUUUGAAUUCGGGAUUUUACAUCUUUCAUUCUUUUCACUUUUCUUUUCUUAUUCCUUUUCUUCUUUCCAUUCUCUUUGCCUCUCGUUCGUUUUUACAUCCUUCAUUUCCUAAACUCGUUCGUGUUUCUUAUUCAUUUCAAGUCAUUCAAUUUUUCUUCGUUUCUCAUUCCCUUCAACUCCCCAACCUCACCAGUUGUCCUUCAUUGUUUUCUUUAUUUGUUAUUCUUUUCAUUCCAACCAAUUUUCAACCAAUCGUCUCUGUUUUUUUUUUCCCGCCUAACUUGCCCAUCUCGUCUACUCCUCAUCUCUACUCGUUUCUCGUAUCUUGCAAAAGUUUUUUUGUCUCCUUAUUUGACUUUUGUUAUUUUUGUUCCACCACCCCGCUUCUUUCUCGCACAGCCUCCGCCUCGGGGUAUCUUAAUUCGCAUACUCCGCUUCGUAGACGUCCUUCGUAUUCUUUGCCUCAUUAUAACAGGAGAAUAGGUUCCCGAUUUUUGUGCGCCCAGCCCUUCUCUCCGCGUAAGAUAUCUCGCCCACUCCCAUCUACACCGACCGUAACUAUUCCUCCUCCCCCCUCUCUCUCUCGUUUCGACCGCCGUUCUAUUGCCUCUCCUCUGCCUCUUGUGAACGGACGGAAACCAAUGGACUCUGCCUUCUUGGUGCACCGACAUACAGACUUCUAUCUAUCUAUCUAUCUAUCUAUCUAUCUAUCUAUCUAUCUAUCUAUGUCCCGUCCCGUUCAUAUCUAUCUAUCUAUCUAUCUAUCUAUCUAUCUAUGUCUGUUCAUAUCUAUCUAUCUAUCUGUAAUGAAACUGCACUGGCAUACAGGAUUGCAUCUAUCUAUCUAUCUAUCUAUCUAUCUAUCUAUCUAUCUAUCUAUGCCUGUUCAUAUCUAUUUAUCUACCUAUCUAUCUAUCUAUCUAUCUAUCUUUCUCUAA